AUACAAACGAACAAACAAAGCCGAACCUCCACCACCUUCUUCUUCUUCUUCUUCUUCUUCUUCUUCUUCUUCUUCUUCUUCUUCUUCUUCUUCUUCAACCGUUCCUGCUCAGGCGACAUUACCGCCAACGACUUGUAUUCCUCUCGAUUUCUUCACAAUGAAGUAUGUUUUGGUCACUGGCGGCGUCGUUAGUGGACUCGGCAAAGGCGUCACCGCCAGUAGUAUCGGUCUCGUUCUCAAAGCCUGUGGCCUGCGAGUCACCUCCAUUAAAAUAGAUCCGUACUUGAAUAUGGAUGCUGGUACCAUGUCUCCUUUUGAACACGGGGAAGUUUUUGUUCUUGAUGAUAGCGGUGAGGUUGAUUUAGACCUGGGAAACUAUGAACGUUUCCUAGAUAUAACGUUGACAAGAGAGAACAAUAUUACUGCAGGAAAAAUAUAUCAGUCUGUUCUCGAGAAGGAGCGAAGAGGUGAUUACCUUGGGAAGACCGUUCAGGUAGUUCCACACAUCUCCGAUGCCAUUAAAAACCACAUUGAGUCAGUAGCUACCAUUCCCAUGGAUGGCCAAGAGGGCCCUGCUGAUGUCUGCGUGAUAGAAUUGGGAGGGACUGUUGGUGACAUUGAAUCAAUGCCGUUUAUUGAAGCUUUGCGACAACUGUCCUUUUCAGUUGGUCCAGACAAUUUCUGCCUUAUCCACGUGAGCUUAAUACCAGUAUUGGGAGUUGUUGGAGAGCAAAAAACAAAGCCUACACAACUCAGUGUUCGAGAACUCAGAGCUUUAGGCUUAACUCCACAUCUGCUAGCGUGCCGAUCUGCUCAGCCUAUACUGGACAAUACGAAAGAGAAGCUUUCUCAGUUUUGCCAUGUUCCAGCCUGUAAUAUUCUGAAUAUCCAUGAUGUCCCAAACAUCUGGCAUAUUCCACUUUUGCUUACGAACCAGAAUGCUCAUCAUUCAAUUCUCAAACAACUCAACUUGGUCAGGAUUGCCACUGCUCCUGAUUUGCGUGACUGGACAAAUAUGGCUGCAACUUAUGACAAUCUCACAAAUUCAGUGAAAAUUGCGAUGGUUGGGAAGUACGUUGGUUUGGCAGAUUCAUACCUUUCUGUUGUGAAGGCCCUUCUUCAUGCAUGCGUUGCAUGUUCUUUGAAGCCGUCAAUAGAUUGGAUUGCGGCUACUGACCUUGAGGAUGAAAGUUCCAAAUUGAAACCGGAAGCACAUGCUGCUGCGUGGGAGACCCUGAGGAAAGCAGCCUGUGUCUUAGUUCCUGGAGGAUUUGGAGAUCGGGGUGUGAAGGGCAUGAUAUUGGCUGCAAAGUAUGCCAGAGAAAACAAAGUUCCGUACUUGGGGAUUUGCUUAGGCAUGCAGAUAUCUGUAAUUGAGUUCGCUGGAAGUGUUUUGGGUUGGGAAAAGGCAAACAGUACAGAGUUUGAUGAUGGGACGCUGUAUCCUGUUGUCAUUUUUAUGCCUGAGGGUUCAAAGACACAUAUGGGAAGCACUAUGAGAUUAGGAUCUCGAAGAACAGUAUUCCAGACUGCUGACUGUAUUACUAAAAGGAUGUAUCAUAACUCAGAAUAUGUAGAUGAACGGCAUCGGCAUAGAUAUGAGGUAAACCCAGAGUUCAUCGAGACAUUUGAAGAAGCUGGCCUGAAAUUUGUUGGGAAGGAUGAGACUGGAAAAAGAAUGGAGAUUUUAGAACUUCCAAGCCAUCCCUUCUAUGUGGGUGUACAAUUUCAUCCAGAAUUUAAAUCACGGCCCCGGAGGCCGUCACCUGUCUUUCUAGGUUUUAUACUGGCGGCAACUGGGCAAUUAGACUUAUAUCUUGAAAAGCAAAUGAAUGGAAGUUGAUGCAACUAUUUACUCCCACAAUCUUUCAAGAGAAGAACUUGAUUCUUUUUGCUGGGUCAAAGGCGUACUAUGACGACGAACUCCAAUACGAGGUACUUUACUGUAGCUGUACGUGAUACCAUACAAGUAACUGUAGUUGGAUCCAGAUGAUUGUGUUCUUGGCAGUGGCAGUGGCAGAGCUUGAUUUGCCAGUGAAGUUUUGGUUUAUUUUUUGCCCCCUAGCAUAAAAGAAUCUUGAUUUCAUGUGUGUAUUAUGAAUGCGACAAAAAUAGUAUAAAAAGGUUUUACACUACUUAUUAAGUUAGGCUUUUUUAUGUAUCAUUCCAUUUUAUGUAGAUAGCCCUCCUAAAUUAAUGCGUUGAUUAAAUUUAUUCUUGGU